AGGUCACGUGACUAUGUAACAUCCGGGCGAUUUGUGUUUACUUCAGUCAGUAGCAAGUAUGGCUGUAUAGAGAGUUAGUUAGGAUGUUACAGGACACAUUUUGAUAAAGAAGAAUCUCCUGGGUCUUCAGCAGACAGACAUGUCUGGGUUCAGCGCGGAGCUCAUAGACUACCUGGAGGGGAGGAUAAGUUUUGAGGAGUUCGACAAGCGGAGAGAUGAGCGGAAAGCAAAGGAGUCGGAGGGACCUGCAGGUGUCGAGGAGGAGGCUCAGCCUUCCACCUCCUCCAUUAUCCCGGGAAAGAUAGAGGAGGGGGUCAGCCCGGGGGUCCAGCUGGCCUUCGCCUCCAUGCUGGAAGAAAAGCCAGAACCAGCAUCUUCAGAAGAGCCGGAGGAGGAGGAGGAAGAGGAGGAGGAGGAAGAGGAGGAGGACAGCCUGAGCUACGUGGAUGAUGAAGAAGAUCAGGAUUACAAGGUGGAGAAAGAUGAGGGGGGGAAGAUGGAGAUGGACAUAGAGGAGGCGGCAGAGGUAAAGGAGGCAGAGAAGGGGCCAGGGGUGACAAUAGAAAGAAGACAAAAAGGCAGGAAGAAGAAGAAGAAGAAGAGAGCGAUGGAUGAGGACGAAGACGUGGCAGUGGGGGAUGUGUUUGCCCUAGAGAUGGAGCUGAACCGAGAAAACAAGAAGAUGAUGAAGGAGCGGCGUCAUCGCAGCAAGCUGCCCAGAGCUCUGAGAGGCCUGAUGGGAGAGGCCAACAUCCGCUACGCCCGAGGAGAGAAAGAGGACGCCAUCCUGAUGUGCAUGGAGAUCAUACGACAGGCUCCUCUGGCCUAUGAGCCCUUCUCCACCUUGGCCAUGAUCUACGAGGAUGAGGAGGACAUGGAGAAGGCGCUGCAGUUCGGUCUGAUCACGGCCCAUCUCAACCCCUCAGACUGCGAGGAGUGGGUCAGACUGGCCGAAAUGUCUCUGGAGCAGGACAACAUCCGACAGGCCAUCGUCUGCUACUCGAAGGCUAUUAAAUAUGACCCCACCAACGUGCGCUACGUGUGGGAGCGCUCCAGCCUGCACAUGCGCCUGGGCGAACACAAACAGUGCAUGGACGGAUACCGCAAGAUCCUGUCCCUGCUGCCCAUGGAGGACGGGGAGCACUUCAUGCAGCUCUCCAAGGACAUGGCCAAGAGCUACUAUGAGAGUAAUGACUUGCCCUCAGCUCUGGGGGUAAUUGAGGAAGCUCUUGCGCGACACCCCGACCUGGUCAGCGAUGACUUCAUCAACAUGGCCGCCGAGCUCUUCAUCUCCAACCGGCAGUACAACAAGGCCCUGCGGGUGCUGGUCCAGUUUGCAGCUAUAGUUUUGGUCAGGGAUGAAUCCAACCCAGAUGUUGUCGAACCAAGGGAAGAAGAGAAGGAGGCGGAGAAGACGACUGAGGAAGAAGCAAACACGAAUGAAGAAUGUUCAACAACUGUGAAGACUGUAGAGGAAAUAGCUGCAGAAGAGAACGGUGAAAUUCGGGAUGUCCAAGUGCCAGACAGUGUCCCAGUGGACCUGAGGACCAAGCUAAUGGUUUGCCUCAUUCACCUGCGUGUCAUCACACCCCUGGAGGGCCUGGUGUCGUCGCUGAUGGAGCAGAGUCAGGAGGAGAUCGGGGACUUGUACCUGGAUGUAGCUGAAGCCUACCUGGAGGAGGGCGAGUACAUGGCUGCUCUGCCUCUGCUGUCCGCCCUCGUCAUCUCCGAGAAGUACAACCUGGCCGUCGUCUGGCUCCGACACGCAGAGUGUCUGAAGGCGCUGGGCCACAUGGAGGUGGCGGCACAGAGCUACACUAAAGUGGUGGAUAUGGCCCCCCAGCACCUGGAGGCGCGGCUCUCCCUGGCCACCCUGCAGCAGCAGCUGGGCCGACCCGACUGCGCCCUCAAAGCUCUGGAGUCCAUGUACGACAGCGACACUCUGGCACAGGACUCUUCAGCCGCACAGAAGGAAUUGAAGCUGCUUCUCCAUCGCUCCACCCUGCUGAAGACCCAGGGACUCACACAGGACUACCUGGAUGCUAUGAUCACUAUGAUCUCCAUGCUGCUGAAGGUGUCCAUGCAGCGAGCUAAGGUGUGUGUGCGUUCUGUCACCUUGUCGGGGGAGAGUCACCUGAGACUGGUGAAGUCUAAAGACAUGGUGCCAGAGAUUGAUGAUCAUGAGGCUGCAUAUCUGGACAACACAGGACGCGUCACUUGCCUUAUUUACACCGAGUUAAGCGUCGACUACGACCACACCUGCAUGCAAGCCCUGCAGAAUGAUUAUGAGCGAAGGACCUCCAUACGGCCCGGGCACCACCGACCCUUCAUCGGCUUCCAAGCGGGAUCCAGAGCUCCAGAGGCCGGGCGAAGAAACGCUGCCCCUCGGUAG